CCACCGGCGGAGGGUGCCGAGUCGGGCUCCGAGGCGGACGAGCCCGAGGCGCCGGCGGAGCCGCCCCGCAGCGCCCCCAACCCGUCGCCCGCCGCCCUCAAGCCCACAGGUGGUCUGUGCCUGCUGGGCGCCUAUGCGGACAGCGAUGACGAGGAGGGUGACGGCGCUGAGAGAGUGGCGCGCAGUGCGGACGCCAACGGCGCCGCCUCGGCCGACAUCGACAGCACGCUGGCUACCUUUCUGGCRGAGAUCGACGCCAUCACGGCACCGCCGCAGCCUGCGGAGCCGCCAGCCCGUGUGCCACCCCCAACGCCGCCGCGCCCUGAGCCCAGGGAGGCCGCCAAUGGCUCGGCCUCCUCGCAGGCUCCCGCCUGGCACUAUGACACCCAGUGCUCGCUGGCAGGAGUGGGUGUGGAGAUGGGUGACUGGCAGGAGGUGUGGGACGAGAACACUGGCUGCUACUAUUACUGGAACACCCGCAGCAACGAGGUGACGUGGGAGCUGCCGCAGUACCUCGCGACGCAGGUGCAAGGCCUGCAGCACUACCAGCCCAGCGGCACCGUGCCUGGCACCAACGGGAGCUUUCCAGCGACGCCAGAGCCCUUCCCUCAGGAGAAGGGGGGCAGUGCAAGCCGUGGGGGUAGUGUGGCCAAACGAGAGGUGAAGAAGGAGGUGAACGAAGGCGUGCAAGCCCUCUCCAGCAGCGAGGAGGAGAAGAAAGGGGUGGCCGUGGCCCUGCUGGCGCCGCUGCUCCCCGACGUGGUGAAGGAGGAGGAGGAGCGCUGGCGGAGGAAGGUCAUCUGCAAAGAGGAGCUCGAGCCGCCCCCCGAGGAGGAGGCCAAAGCAGAAGAAGCGGUGGCCACCCCCGACGAGCCAGAGCCUUGCAGGGAGCCCCUGGAGGACGCGCCACAGGAGGAGGUGUGCAGCGUGGUGCAGUCGGGGGAGAGCGGUGAGGAAGAGGAGGAGCAAGACACCCUCGAGCUGGAGAUGGUGCUGGAGAGAAAAAAGGCGGAGCUGCGGGCCUUGGAGGAGGGUGAGGGCAGCGUGUCGGGCUCCAGCCCGCUCUCCGACGGGAGCCAGUCAGCCUCCCAGGACGCCACCCGCCGCCUGGCCUCCAAGCGAGGGAAAUGGAAACUGUUUGUGGGAACCGCCAGCCCGGAGCCUGCUAGCCGGGGCGCCAGCAAAACGGGCCGAGAGAGUCCAGAAGCUGCAGAAUCACCAGUGAGCACAGAAGCUGCGGAGGAGAUCCCAGAGAAAGAGGCAGAGCCUGAGGAGCCCCAGGAGAAAGUGAAAGUGCAAGGAGCACCCAAAGCAGAGGAGGAGGAGCAGGACUUGAAGUUCCAAAUCGGAGAGCUGGCAAACACUCUGACCAGUAAACUGGAGUUUCUGGGCAUCAGCAGGCAGUCGGUCUCCAACUUCCACAUGCUGCUGUUGCAGACGGAGACGCGCGUCGCUGACUGGCGGGAAGGGGCUCUCAAUGGCAACUACCUCAAACGCAAGCUGCAAGACGCGGCCGAGCAGCUCAAACAAUACGAAAUAAACGCCACCCCUAAAGGCUGGUCCUGCCACUGGGACAGGACCUCUGGAUCAGCUCUUCUGACCAACAGCACUGACAAAGGACAAACUUCAACUCAUCAACCGAACGAAGAACAGGAUUUCUCUCUCCUGCCAGCAGGGAGCAUAGGCGCUAUUUCUAUGUUAACGAGCACUCAGGAGAGUCGCAGUGGGAGUUCCCCGACGGGGAGGACGAAGAGGACGGACAGCAGAGCGCCGACAGAAAAGCCGACGGUCCUCCUCAACCACCUCCCAAAGAGCAAGGAGAGCACGCCGGGGACGCAGCAGAGCGCAGUGCAGUCCUCUGUCCCGGUCCUCCAACCUCCUUUGCCUUUGGAAAUGCCUCCACCGCCUCCACCUCCGCCGGACUCGCCGCCACCUCCAGGGGAGGACGGAGAGAUCCAGGAAGUGGAGAUGGAGGACGAGGGGGGCGAGGAGCCACCUGCCCCAGGCACGGAAGAUGCUCCCCUGAAGCCUCUCCUCCGACCAGCUGUCGGCAGCAGCCAGGGUGUCACUGAGCCCAGCCCUGCCCCUCUGCUGUCCGCCAAGCCGCUGAAGAGGAAGGCGGCGGAGAUGAGCCCGGCGCUGAUGCAGCGAGCCGCCACCAUCGGCAGCUGCCCCGUCCUCUACAGCCAGCCCCUCAUGGCCGCCAGCAAGUACCAGCCUUCGCCAGUGCCCCUCGGCUCGCUGAGGCCGCGACAGCGCCUGACAGGCGACAUCCAGGGCCGCCCCAACCUCCGCAUGGCUCCAGGCCACACAGGCCCUCAGCCCGCAGGACUGGGCCUCCAGCCUGGCUACUUGGGAGUGACGGCGCCCGCAGCACCGUCCGUCAUGAGCUACUCGGAGUGCACUGUGCCUGUGGGGCUUGCGGCCGCCACYGCUGCGCCACCAGCACCGCCGCGCGGGGCCCUGCCCGCUGCCAGUACCGCAGAGCAGCCGCCACAGCCACCGCCACCACAGCCACCCCCGCCUGCUCCCAAGACGCUGCCCCCGGAGAAGCCGCGGAAGGCACGGAAGGACAAGAGCAAGAAGGCUAAAACGAAGAUGCCAUCCCUGGUGAAAAAGUGGCAGAGCAUCCAGCGGGAGCUGGACGAGGAGGAGAACUCCAGCUCCAGCGAGGAGGACCGGGAGACGACAGCGCAGAGGCGCAUUGAGGAGUGGAAGCAGCAGCAGCUCAUGAGCGGCAUGGCGGAGAGGAACGCCAACUUCGAGGCGCUACCAGAGGACUGGCGAGCGCGCCUGAAGCGGAGGAAAACCACCUCGAGCACAUGAGGCGCACAGCAGUGUUUUUUACCGUUGUACAGUUUAGGGCCCUUUCUGACUUGACCGUUGUCCAAUAAAUCGUAGCCAUUUGGGA